UCUCUUCUGGCUCCCAUGGGCGGGAACCCGGGGAACCCCGGUGCUGGUCCCGUGGGAGCUGUCUCGCGUCUCCUCCUGCCCCCAGGUCCCCGCGCGCCGGAACCCCGUUCCAGAACCAGCGAGUGCGGGCGCGGCCUUGGGAGCGGCGGGCGGGACCAACCCAGUGCCACCGCCCGCCGCCCAGGCUCCCGCCCGUCCCCCUCUCACGCUCCUCGUGUCCCCGCCCCCCCUCCCCUCGGUCCGUGCCCCCGCCCCCCGGCCUGGUCGGCGGCCUUGGGCGGUCCAUGGCUGGGCCGCGGCGGGGACAGCGGCGGCAUGCGGCUCCUGUUCCUGGCUGUGCUGCGGCGGCACACAGGCAAUGCCGUCACGGCGGAGCGCGUCCGGGACCAUCUAGAAGCUGCCGGCCACGUAUGUCUUCUGAAAGAUGCCUGUGACCUGGAAAGCUCAUCUGAAAUCGCGCGCCUCAUCAAGGCCGAGAACUUGGAGGCAGCACUGGCUCUUCAUCUGUACAGAGGAGGCCGACUCCUGCGAGGUCAUGGAAUCCCAUUUGGAAUCAUCUUUGGUGGAACUGAUUUAAAUGAAGAUGUUAACCACAGAGAAAAAAACGAAGUGAUGGGAAAGGUCCUCGAAGAAGCCAGAUUUGCUGUCGCUUUCACAGAGUCAAUGAAGGAAACGGCGCAGACACAGUGGCCGCAUGCCAGGGGGAAGAUCUACGUCCAGAGUCAAGGGGUCGUGACCGUACCAAAUGCCGCCUUCAGCUGGGACACCUUCCUCCACCGUUCAGGGAUUAACCAAAGUGCUGAUAACUUACACAUCUUUCUCCUGGUGUGUGGCCUUAGACAAGUUAAGGACCCUCUUUACUUGGUGGAUGUGUUCUCAGAAUGGCAUCGUGAAGAGCCUAACGUCUACAUGGUGAUCGCAGGCCCUGAAGUCGACCCAGUGUUCACGAGAGAAGUGCAGGCCAGAGUAAAGAGGACGGCCGGGGUGCGGCUGCUCGGAGAGAUGCCCCAGGAGGACCUGCAUGCGGCCCUGAAGAACUGCUUCGCGGUGGUGAACAGCUCUGUGUCCGAGGGCAUGUCCGCUGCCAUCCUGGAGGCCAUGGACCUGCAAGUGCCGGUGCUGGCCCGCAACAUCCCUGGGAACGCGGCGGUGGUGAAGCACGAGGUCACAGGCCUGCUGUUUUCGGACCCUCAGGAGUUUGCUCAGCUGGCGAAGAGACUGGUUCGUGAUCCCGCGCUAGAAAAAAAAAUUGUGGCCAACGGAAGGGAGUAUGUGAGGAGGUAUCACUCGUGGCAGGCGGAAAGAGACACCUACCAGCACCUCGUCCGGACCCUGGAGGGGGGCGUCGGGGAGUAAGGGCGCCCGCCCGCGGCUGC